AUGGAGGAAACGGAUCAGAAGCCGGGUAAUGCUUUAGUCUCUUUUGUUGGAAGAGGAUCUUCAGACAAGGGAGAUAAUUGGCCGAGGAGAUUUGAGGGGGAGGUUGUUCCAUCUGGAUCAGAUGACGCCUGUUAUUUUCCUCCCACUCACUCUUCUCUUCAGGGGGAGCAAUAUGGUUAUUUUGAAGAGACAGUGAGUGACGGUGGAAGUAGUACAAAGGACAAAGAAAAAAAAAAUGAAAAAGAAAGAGCAGAAAUAGAAGACAAAGAAAGAGAAGAAAAUGACAGAGCUGGGAAAGAAGGAAAAGAAAUAAAAGAAAAAGAAAGAGAAGCCACCGAAAGAGUUGGAAAAGACGGAAAAGAAAUAGAAGAAAAAGGAAGAGAAGGAAAAGAAGAAAACGAAAUAGCAGCUGAUGGAGGCGCUAAAAAGCUUGUUAACGGCGGCACCGAAGGAGAAACAAGGAACCCGACCAUCUCUGGUCGGCGGAGGCUGCCGGGAUUAGAGGAAGGGGACCGACGCGAACUGGAUGGCCAUGGUGCAACCAUCUCUGGUCGGAGUAGGCAGCCGGGAAUGGAGGAAGGGGACCGGCGCGAACUGGAUGGUGACGGUGAACUGAUUGGCAUCGGUGAUCUGGAGAAGGGGAAGGACAGCGACUGCAUCAGUGAUCUGGAGAUGGGGAAGGACAGUGACGUCGUUUCUUCUCAUGGGCAAAACGUUGUUUUGGAUAACUAA